AUGACUGGUGGUCAACGGAACUUCUCCUUCAGAGUGCUCACAGCUGAUCCUCCAGAAGGCUUUAGGAAAGAGCAGGGUGUUCCAUUUGAACACCCGCUGCUGGCGGCCAGCGAACAGGAUCCCCUAGCUGUGCGCCCCCAUCACCCGCGCGCAUCCCGGGAGCAGAGACCCCUUCACACCUGUGGACCCACAGCUCCCGACGCACACCCGGUGGCCUCUAUUUCGCGCUCCUCGGCGGCACCUCCCCAUCCUGGAUCCGCGCGCCCGCAGCAAGUGGGCCCAGGCAGCGUCGGUAGACCCAGAAGCUGCCCCCUGCGGUCGUGGGCCAGCCCUGCUGAGACAAGACUUGAGAGGCACCCGGCAGGUAGGGCUGUGAGCACACGGGGCCCCCACCGCUCCACGACCACCUUGGGGCCCCAGCCCGCCGUCCCCACCCUGCGGCCGGUGGCUGCCGCCGGUGGCGGUGACCCCGGAGCCGAGGACCGAGCGUGGCUCGCGCUCCUCUGGGCUGGAGGAGUCAGGGGCCGCUGGCCUUUGGGCAGGCGGUGGCACGCGUCGAUCCUCCAGAAGGCUUUAGGAAAUAGGACGGAGUCCCAUCUGAACAUCCGCUGCCAGCGGCCAGCGAACAGGAUCCCCUAUCUGUGCGCCCCCAUCACCAGUGCGCAACCCGGGAGCAGAGACCUCUUUACACCUGCCAACCACCGCACCCGACGUGCACCCCGCGGCCCCAACAUCGGGCUCCUCGGCUGCACCUCCCUGUCCCGACCGCGCGAGCCAGCGGCGACCUGGUCCAGGCGUCGCCCACAGAACCAGAGGCCGCCCCUUGCGGUCGAGGGGCUCCAAGCAGGGAGGGGUGCGAGCGCGCGCAGCGCCCACCACUGCACGACCGACUUGGGGCCCCGGCCCGGCGUCCUCACCCUGUGGCUGGUGGCAGCGACCCCAGAGAGAGGACCGAGAGAGGCUCGUGCUCCUCGAGGCUGGAGGAGUCGGGGCCGCUGGUCGCUGGGCAGGCGGGGGCGCGCGGUGAGGGGCUGCAGGUAG